CUCCUCCUUUGACUAUUUAACUAUGCUUUGCACAGCCUGAAAGAAGGAAAGCCGGUUUCUGGAGAGGAAAUUCGUCUCUUUAACAUCCUUAAAGAAACUCAAAAGAAGUAACAAGGAAUCAAUUAUGAGUGAGAUAUCUGAGAACAAUCCUAUGAUGGAUGCCCUGCUCCAGUUGAGAUGCCACUUCACAUGGGAUUUAAUGAGAGAAGACAUAGACUUGCCUGAUUUAGAAAACAGGAUUCUGGAAGAAAUUAAUUUCCUGGACACAAAGUUCAAUGUGGGAAUUCACAAUACAUUAGCUUACAUAAAGCAUGUGAGAGGUCAAAAUGAGGAGGCUCUGGAAAUCUUGAGAAAAGCUGAAGAAUUGAUCCAAUUGUUUCAUAAUGAUCAAGCAGAAAUAAAAAGCUUUGUGACCUGGGGAAAUUAUGCCUGGAUCUAUUAUCACAUGAACAGGCUGCCUGAAGCCCAGACUUACCUAGACAGGGUAGAGGCAAGUUGUAAGAAGCUUUCAAGUCUUUUCCGCUAUAAAGUGGAACUUCCAGAACUUGACUGUGAAGAAGGAUGGGCACUGCUCAAGUUUACAUGGAUAUAUUAUGAAAGGGCCAAAGCUUGUUUCCAAAAGGCUCUGGAAUCAGAGCCUGAGAACCCUGAAUUCAACACUGGAUUUGCAAUCACCAUGUUUCGCCUGGACAGUCCUGCAAAUCAUCCUAGCAUUUCUCUAGAACCACUCAGACGGGCUGUCACUCUCAACCCAGAAGAUGCUUACAUUAAGGUUCUUCUUGCAUUGAAGCUCCAGGGCCUUGAUGAAGAGGAAGAAGGAGAAAAGUACCUUGAAGAGGCUUUAAACAGUAAGUCCUCACAACCCUAUGUCCUUCGUUAUGCAGCUAAAUUUUACUGCAAUAAAUUGUGCAUAGAUAAAGCUCUUGAACUCUCCCAAACUGCUUUGCAGGCCACUCCAUCCUCUGCUGUCCUACAUUACCAGAUCGCAGUUUGUUACAAGACAAAAAUGGUUCAAAUCAAGAGGGCUACCAACAAUCAUCCACGUGGCAGGGAUAGAGGAAAUCUUAAAAGAGCAAUUCAAUCAGCCAUAUUUCAUUUUAAAAAAACAAUAGAGUUAAAUCCCACAUUUAAAGAAGGUUAUAUAGAACUAGGCAACAUGUAUGCAGAAGAAGGUAACUUCAAUAAAGCAGAAGAAAACUACCAGAAGGUGCUGAAUAUGAAUCAACUUAAAGAUUUUAUAAGACAAAAGAUCCACUAUAACUAUGGCUGCUUUCAUCAGAUUCAUAAGAAGUCUGAGGCUGAUGCUCUCAUCCAUUAUCUGGAAGGAAUAAAAAUAAACACAGAUAAUAACAUGUUUAAAAAAAAUCUCAUUGCUUUGGAGAAACUCUCUAAAAAGCGUCUUCAUCGAAACGCAUCAGAUGUGGAGAGUUUGAGUCUUCUGGGGUUCAUUCAUAAAAUGAAAGGAGAAUCAGGAGAAGCCAUACAGUUCUAUGAGAAAGCCCUGGAGUUGGGGUCCUCCCUUUGGCUCUCUGGAACAUCUCUUUUCUCUCCAGAUGAUACUCAAUCAUUAGCUUCUUUCUGAAGCCUUUCUAGAUCCCUUCAGCUGCUUCUGCAUUCUUUAUACUACCAACACUUUGUAUUUACAGAGUUUAUAUUCAUUUGUGGCUAUCUCAUUCAUCUUCAUUCUGUAACUUAUUUCAUAUUGACUUGUCUACUGAGAUGCAAAAUUCUUGAAAGUAAGGAUUAUUUCAUCCUUCGGAUUUGUCUCCCAAAUAUCUAGCACAAUGCUCAGAGUGACUGAAACACAGUAGGUGUCUAAUAAAUAAAUGUUUAUUGACUGAGUGUUGACUAAUUGAUAGAUGGAUGGAUGGAUGAAUAGGAUACUGGAAAUAAAAGCCCCCAUUAGCAAUUCCAUGAUGGAUUUGCCUUUAGUGUAAAAUUCUAUUUGUGAAUUCAGUCCCAAAAUGUCAUAAAUGCCAGUGGCUGAUUUAGCUACUAAUGAACUGAAAGACAAUCCUAUAGAAUGGAGAUAGAAUUAGUGCUGAAGUCAGAAUCACUUGAUUUCAAGUCCUAUUUCUGACACACACUAAUUGUGUUACUCUGGUCAAAUAAUUUUACUUUGUGGUCUUUAGGCAACUCAGGCUAAAUGUUGCAGUGAAAAUAUUUUAUUGAUUUGUGUUGGUAAAUGCAUGUUCCUCACCUGGCAGUCCCCCAUACCAAGGAAAUCCUAGAACCAGUGUUUUGUUUUUUCCUCAAUAUUUUAUUUUUCCAAAUUCAUGUAGAGAGUUUUCAACCUUCAUUUUU